AUUUUUUCAACAAUUGCGGGGAAGUCACAUUCACGAAGUUGUCUAAAUCCCGAUUUUGAGCGCCAAAUGGCGGUCAGUUAGCCGCAGCUCGUCCUCCGUUCUCCACAAUUCACAAGCGCUUUCUAUCUUUUCCCCACAAGUGCAAUGGCUCCAGCCGAAACCGUCCAAAUUCCCUUCCUUACGGCUGCUGAAGCUCUGACUCCAAAGUUAAGUUACACGGAAGAAAGACCGAAAGAUGUGGUUACCUUCGUUCCGGAUGACAAGGCAUUUUUGAGACACACAAAAGUGGUACAAUACAACGCAAGUAGGCUCGAAGAUAAGUGGUUCUCCUCAGGAGAUGAGUUUAUCGUGGACUUUGGAGGUCAUCGUACUGGUUAUCUCUCGUUCUAUCUCGACGCACAAGGUGAAAAUGUGGAUUGCCCGGCGAGAUUAAGGCUAACUUUCGGAGAAGUCCCUGGCGAUGUUGUUGAAGAUUUUUACCCGUCAAAAUCGUGGAUUAGCACUUCUUGGUUCCCUCAUGAAGAAGCCAAGAUAGAUGAGCUGCCUGGACAAGUGAAUAUACCGCGACGGCAUGCAUUCCGAUAUGUGCGAGUGCAGGUGCUUGAAGUAUCUAGCAAGUUCAAGAUAUGUUUUCGCAAAAUUAAAUGCUAUGCAGUGACCAGUGCAUGCAAAAAAGUUGCGCCGGUCGAAGGAUGUGACUUCAACCUCAUUGAUACCGUUGGUCUGAGAACUUUGCGGGACUGUAUGCAGACGGUAUUUGAGGAUGGUCCGCGUAGAGAUAGACGCUUAUGGCUAGGGGAUCUUCGCCUUCAAGCUUUGGUGAACUAUGUCACAUUUCAAAAUAACGACCUGGUGAAGCGCUGCCUGUAUCUCUUUGCAGGACUUCGCAUGGAUCAAAAGGUCAUGGCCAGUCUGUACGAACGACCAGAGCCACGAGUUUCGGGUGACUAUAUUCUGGAUUACGAGCUCCUGUUUGUGGUCACAUUACUGGAAUACGUUGAAGCAACAAAUGACAUUUCUACAGGGAGAGAACUCUUUGGUAUAUGUCAAAAUAUCUUGGAAAGAAAUCAUCAAGAAUACAUCAAGGACGGAAUCUUUCAGAUGAAGCCAGGUGUCUGGUAUUUCAUUGACUGGCAUGACGAUUUGGAUAGAUUUGCCAGCAUGCAAGCUGUAUUUGUGAUAGCAUUCAAGGCAGCGCAAAGUCUGGCCAACAAGUUAGAUAUUGGCGUCGAUUACACUGAGGAUAUUCGACUGCUCUCAGAAGGUUCCUUAGCACUUUACGAUGAAGACAAGGGAAUAUUUUUAUCAAAUGGGCAAAUAUCUUGGGCAUCUCAAGCUUGGAUGGGAUUGGCUCAUGUUUUACCUCAAGAACAACAUGUUCGAGCCAUUCAAAUCGCUAUGCAAAAUCCUAAUGCUAUCAGAGCAAAUACUCCGUAUUGUUAUCAUUAUGUUCUGGAAGCACUGUUUAAAAACGGAGCAAGAGACGCAUGUCUUGCGCUCGCCAAGGACUAUUUUGGUGGAAUGGUAGACAGAGGCGCAGAUACCUAUUGGGAAGCAUAUAGGGAAGAUGAUUCUACGUUUAGUCCUUACGACGAUCAUCAUAACAAUAGUUUUUGCCAUGCUUGGAGCUGUACUGUGAGCUGGUUUUUGCGCUUAUGAACAUUAGAACAAAGUUAUCAUAAUACUUUAUUAUUACUUUACACAUGUACCAGUACUGUUGCUAUACA